AUGUCAGAAGAUGGAACAGCAAAUAUUGUUGCACUUUUUGAUGUCACACGCUCUCCACCAGCUUUCCUCCUGGUUGGCCUCCCAGGCCUAGAAGCAUUUCACGGCUGGAUAUCCAUCCCCUUCUUGUCCAUGUACACUGUGGCACUCACUGGAAACUGCCUCAUCAUCCUGGCUGUGAAGAGGACCCCUAACCUACACCAGCCCAUGUACUACUUCCUGUCCAUGCUGGCCCUCAGCGAUGUGGGGCUCACCUUGUCCACACUGCCCACCACUCUGUCAGUGCUCUGGUUUGACUACGCCUUCAUCGGCUUCAAUGCCUGCCUGGUCCAGAUGUUCUUCUUGCACGUCUUCUCUGUGGUGGAGUCCUCUGUGCUCCUGGCCAUGUCAUUUGACCGCUUCGUGGCCAUCUCCAACCCUUUGCGCUAUGCAGCGGUUCUCACAAAUAAUGUCAUCAUCAGAAUUGGAAUGGCCAUUGUAACUCGAGCCACUCUGUCCCUCUUCCCAGUACCCUUCUUGCUGAAGCGACUGAACUAUUGCCCUGGCAAAAUCGUCUUAUCACAUUCUUUCUGUUUCCAUGCAGAUGUCAUGAAACGGGCUUGUGCUGACAUUACUGUCAACAUCCUGUAUGGGCUGUAUGUGGUUCUGUCCACUGUGGGUCUAGAUUCUUUGCUUAUUGUCCUGUCCUAUACCCUUAUUCUUCAUACAGUGAUGGGGCUGGCAUCUCCCAAGGAGCGGGUUCGCGCCCUGAACACCUGUGUUUCCCAUAUCUUAGCUGUGCUGGUGUUCUACAUCCCUGUCAUAGGUGUGUCCAUGAUCCACCGCUUUGGGAGGCACCUCCCCCAGCUCGUACAUGCUCUUGUUGCCUAUGUGUACCUGGUGGUGCCCCCUGUGCUGAACCCUGUCAUCUAUAGCAUCAAGUCCAAACCCAUCAGGGAGGCCAUACUCAGAGUGUUAAGGGGAAAAUGUCAUAGAUGA